CACUGGCACGCAGCCAGGGGAUGUGAGAAUCACUCACUCGAGCGCCCAAUUCUCUUCUCACGUGUUCUGCGUUGCUCUGCUCUACUGUGGCUUUCGAUUCAAGCUACCUUUGAAACGCUACGUACCCCGCUAUAAAACCUUCCUGGAGGAAGGAGAGAACAAAUAGAUUCAUAGGCCUUUGUUUUGGGCGAUCGAAACUCUCGAUCGAUCGAGUUGGUUCUCUCCUGUUCUUGUCAAUCAAAAUCGAGUUCUUUGUAGUGCAUAGAGAUGGGGCGUCUCUUUGUGCUUGGAUUCGUGGUAGUUCUCGCUGCUUCUUCACUGGCAGCAACCGUGAACAAGAACUUCAACACCGACUUCGCGGUGACCUGGUCGCCGGAUCACGUCAACACUCUCUUGGGUGGUAGUGCUCUCCAGCUCCGGCUCGACAAUUCAUCUGGAUCUGGAUUUGCAUCGAAGGGCCAGUUCCUGUUUGGAAAGAUCAGCAUGGACAUGAAGCUAGUUCCGGGAGACUCGGCCGGAACAGUCACAGCAUACUACCUCACAUCGGGCCAAACACCCAAUCGAGACGAGCUCGACUUCGAGUUCCUGGGAAACGUUUCCGGCGAGCCAUACAUUCUCCAAACCAACAUAUACUCCAAUGGAGUUGGAGCGAGAGAGCAGCGGAUCUUCCUCUGGUUUGAUCCCACCACAAGCUUCCACUCCUACUCGGUGCUCUGGAACCAGCACCAGAUCGUAUUCCUGGUGGAUGAAAUCCCGAUUCGCGUCUUCCGCAACAACGAGGCCAAAGGCGUCGCGUUUCCGUCCAAGCAAUCCAUGGGUGCUUUCUCGAGCAUCUGGAACGGGGAUCAGUGGGCUACUCGCGGAGGGGUCGUCAAGAUCGACUGGAGCAAAGCUCCGUUCGUCGCGUCGUAUCGAAACUUUGCGGUGGACGCUUGCGAGUCGGGUAAGGUUGAGGCGUGCUCGGCCAUGGCCAGUUCCGCGUGGUGGAACGAGGAACGCUACCGCUCGCUCAACCGGAACCAGCGCCACAGGCUCAAGUGGGUCCAGAAAAACUACAUGGUUUACGACUACUGCAUCGACACCUCGCGCUAUCCCACGCCUCCGGCCGAAUGCAAGGAUGCUUUCUAGGACUGGUGCAUGGUGGCUUCCAUUCUUGGACACGGCUGAAGCUCUGGGCUGUAUCGAAAUCGGGUGAGCUCCAUUUCGUCCUCGGGUGGCAAGUUUACAUUCCAAAGUUGCUUUGUACAUUUUGUUAUUUCAUUUGUGAAGUUGAUUCUGCUCUGAAGCUCAAACUUGAUUUCAAAAUUCAAAAGUUUCCAUAUUCUUUGUA